GGGCUACAUCCAAAAUAUUGAGUAAGGGUCUUUGAGACUUUAAAGCUAACUACAACCAUUCAAGGGUUCACUGUGCUGCACACCUCUACUACUGUGCUCUACUAGCAGUGCUCUACUACUUUCUCUACCUAUUUUUAAGACUGUUUGCUACAAGUUUGUUCUUGCAAAGCUUUUCUUCUCUUGUGUGUGAGAGACACAACCCCAUCCUCCAGCAAAAAUGGAAGCCAUCAAGAAAAAGAUGCAGAUGCUGAAGCUAGAUAAGGAGAAUGCAAUUGAUAGAGCUGAACAGGCCGAAGCAGACAAAAAAGCAGCUGAGGACAAGUGCAAACAGGUAGAGGAUGAGCUGGUGGCACUGCAGAAGAAGUUAAAAGGAACUGAAGAUGAACUGGAUAAAUACUCAGAAGCUCUCAAAGAUGCUCAGGAAAAACUGGAACAGACUGAUAAGAAGGCAACAGAUGCAGAAGGUGAAGUGGCAGCUUUGAAUCGGCGUAUCCAGCUGGUGGAAGAGGAGCUGGAUCGUGCCCAAGAACGUCUGGCAACAGCCCUGCAGAAACUGGAGGAGGCAGAGAAGGCAGCAGAUGAAAGUGAGAGAGGUAUGAAGGUUAUUGAAAACAGAGCAAUGAAGGAUGAAGAAAAAAUGGAAAUUCAGGAGAUGCAGCUGAAAGAGGCUAAGCAUAUUGCUGAGGAGGCUGACCGUAAAUAUGAAGAGGUUGCUCGUAAACUGGUCAUUUUGGAGGGUGAACUAGAGAGAGCCGAGGAACGUGCUGAGGUGUCAGAACUAAAAUGCAGUGACCUUGAAGAAGAACUAAAAAAUGUCACUAACAACCUAAAGUCCCUGGAGGCUCAGUCUGAGAAGUACUCUGAAAAAGAGGAUAAAUAUGAAGAAGAAAUCAAGCUUCUCUCUGACAAACUCAAGGAGGCUGAAACACGUGCAGAGUUUGCAGAAAGAACGGUUGCUAAACUGGAAAAGACUAUUGAUGAUCUGGAAGAUGAGCUGUAUGCUCAGAAGCUGAAGUACAAAGCUAUCAGUGAGGAGCUUGACCACGCUCUCAAUGAUAUGACCUCUUUGUAAAUGCAUUUCCUCUUUUGACUUUGCCUUGGUGCACUAAGAUUCUGCCUUUAAUACCAGUCUCUGAGUAAUUCCUAGUACUAGUCCUUCAGUCUUUCUGUAAAAACUGAAUUAAAUAAAAACAAGCUACCUUGAUACCUGUACAUUCUCUGCUUUUUUU